UCUACAUAUAUAGAUUAAACAUGGCUACAAUCUUAGAUGUUCUAGAAACUCUAGAUCUAUGUUUAUUAACUUCAGUUCAUAUUUUCAAUAACUACAUUGGCAUGAAAAAUAAUACAGUAACUAAAUUUGUAGUCAAUAAUGAGGAUUCAGUCCAGAAAUUUCUCUAUUAUCUGUGCUGUGUUUGUCGAUGCUGUGGCCUUGACCAGAAAGAAAAGUACAUCUCACCUCGAAUAUUCUGCCGGUCACUUGUAAACCAUUCGGAGGGGCUAUAUAAAGCUAUUCGUUUAGAAAUUAAAGUAGUCUCCACACAGUUAACAACGUCAAAUGUAAAGCAGUGCAGUAUGCUAAUCUAUAUUUUUGAAUUUUAGACCCCUAAAGUAUAAAUAAACUUAAAGUAUAUGCAUAUAUAUACGAUUUACUCUUAAUCUGUGGAUAACUAUAAUCUUUUAUAGUCUAUAUAUAUUAGCAUCAAGCAAUCGUAUAAUAAAAAAGCAUAGGCCUAAUCUACAGACUACGCGUCUACGCUCAGUGCCCUUAAUUUUCAUUACAGCCACAUCUAGACAAGUUAUUUAUUAUAAAGUCUCUAGAUCUAAAUCUGUAUCUAGAGCUAGAUCUUAGUCUAGUACCUUUGUACAUUCAACAACAAACACAAAAAUGUUUGCGGUUACACCACGCAUGACUGAUGAUUUUGGUUUACUUCGACUGGUAGAUGAAUUAGUCAACCCUUGGGAUCUGAGGACACCUAUGAUGUACAGAGAUGGUACACUAGCCAAUCUUUCAGGUCGACUAGGAGAUUCAGAAAUUCAAAAUACAGAUAAAGAGUUCCGUAUUCGUUUGGAUCUUCGCCAUUAUAGUCCAGAAGAGGUGAAAAUUACAUCAGAUAACAAAAAAAUAACAAUCAAAGCAAAACAUGAAGAAAAACAGGACAACCAUGGCUAUGUUUCAAGAGAGAUGAUUCGAACUUAUGCACUGCCAGAUGAUGUUGAUCCAAAAUCUGUAACUUCAGUGAUGAAUACUCAAGGCACACUGAACAUCAAAGUAGCAAAGAAGCCACUGGAAGCUCCAAAAGAAAUUGCUAUUCCUGUGGAGUUUAAAAAAUAAUUUUCACAAGCCUGACAUUUGUUCUUUGAAGUUGAUAAUAUACAUUUUCAUGAUUGACUAUUUCAAAUUUCAUGAUUUUGUUCUUUGAAGUUGAUAGACAUUUUCAUGAUUUUGUUCUUUGAAGUUUACACUCUGUUAAAACUUGUGUAUAAUUUUAUUUGUGUAUUUUUGUUCCUAUAUGGUCAAUAAACCAUGUGACAAAUAA